AUGGAGAUGAUAACCAGUAAGGAUGCUAACAACAACAGCAUCAAGAGCACCCUCUCAAGGUAUUAUCAUAUAUCUUUGAGUACUGGGCGGUGCCGUCUCAUACGGGAUAAGGCUGAUCCUUUAUUUGAGGAGAUGCAGAGGUGUGAACGAGAGAGGGCUAAAUCACUGGAAGAGGCUAAGACGUCAUCUAAAGUCGAUCCAGACUUUGUGGAUUGGGAAGAGGCGCAGAAGCUAGCAUCAGGGAUGAAGAAAUCCCUGGAGGAGAGGUCAUCAAUGAGUGAGAAUGCUGUUACCAACGAUGUAGUAAAUGAUGAUACUAGUUCUCCUACAGCAGCUGUUCGGAAGACGGCAUCACUAAGAGAUUACAAGAUCGGUAGAGUUGCUAAGUUCGACCAAGCACGUGGGUUCGGCUUCAUAUACCGAAGCUAUGAAGACUCUCCAUCACCAUCACAGAAGCACCACUUUGAGGACGAUGAGGUACUCUUUGUUCAUCGUAAAGGCAUUGCUGGUAGUACUCUAGACAAACCCCUUAACUUGGACCCAGGCGCACCUGUGAGGUAUUUGGUGUCGUCGGAGAGGGAAUCAGCAGCAGCGGCCAGCUCUACCAAGACGCGAGACCAAGCAGUAGAUGUCAGCAUGCUCUCUGAUCCUACUGAUGUUGAUAGUAUUCUUCCGAUACACGAUCCGGAGCAUUGCUCCGACCCUAAUGAUUCCAAGGCUGCUAAACUGUCCAAUAGCCUCUUAUCUCAUGGUGAGAGUUGGCCUGGCCUGAAGAAGACUCUCCAAGAUAGGACCAUCGUUGGUGCUAGUCUGGAUGCAUUUGGUAUGCUCUAUGGUGUAUUCGAUGGUCAUGGCGGCUCGAGUGUUGCUGAUAUAUUGGUAAAGGAAAUGCCUAGGAAGUUGCUAUUCCAGUUCAAAGCUGCGCAGCUACAGCCUACCUCACCAUCGGUCGAUAUCGCAGCGGCGAUCACUGCAGCUUUCCAACAGGUCGAUAAAGACAUCUUGGAUAGUUGUGAACGGAAACCCCAAUUACAGCCCCAGGGAUCUACUGCUACUAUAUUCAUAGUCAAUGCCGUCCUGUGCCGCGAUGGUAGAGCUAUAGUCCUCACUCGGGAUCAUAACCCAGACGAUCCUAUCGAGAAGUCAAGGGUAGAGAAGGCUGGGGGGCAGAUAAUGCUGGUCCAGGGAGUUGCUAGAGUGUGCACCUCUAAAACUAAGAGGGUCAUGCAGGGCUUGGCUAUGACCCGUAGCAUUGGGGACUACUUUUUCAAACGCCCUCAUGCUUUAUCAAUCCCCGAUCCAGAUGUUCAAGUGAGCAAUACGACCUCACAGAAGGAUUGCUUUGUCCUCUUGACGAGUGAUGGUAUAUUUGAGAAGACUAUGACUAAUGACCAGGCUAUAGCAUUAGCAGCAGAGAGACUGAAGGCAGAGGGCCCAGAGGGUGCAGCUAAAGUUGUCAUACGAAAUGCGUAUAGCCAAGGUUCGGAGGAUAACCUAACUUGUAUAUGCGUGCAAUUUGAUUGGCAUGAUACUAAAUCAUUGGAUGUAAUGCUAAAGCGAGCGAAGGCUAAUGCUACAUCUGCUAUCGUCCCUAUACCCUCAACAGCUGUGGAGGAUGAUAGUUUCGAUAUGUUUGCUUGA